GGAAAAGGAAAUAUUAGAGCCAAGUAUCACUAAACUUCAAGCCUUUGCUUGGAAGUUACAAGCGCCAAGGAAGAUGUGCCAUCUUAUAUGGCAAUUGAUAACGGGUCAGGUAGCAGUAACGAAGAAUCUAGUAAGGCGUACUAUGAGGUGCGAUAAUUAUUGCCCAAGGUGUGGGGAAAUAGAGGAAUCUGUAACUCAUGCAAUAUUUGAAUGCCCUCCAGCCUUGCAAGUAUGGUCUUUAUCGGCAACUCCUACAAGUCCAGGUUUAUUCCCAGUGGCAAGCUUCUACACAAACAUGGACUAUCUUUUCUGGAGGAAAAAUAAUAUCAUUGCACCAGACCAAGGCAGGGAUCCUUAUCCCUGGACAAUAUGGUAUAUUUGGAAGGCUCGCAAUGAUAAGCUUUUCUAGAGUAUAGACAAAGACCCUUUGGAACUCGUUCGAUACGCAGAGAGUGAAUGUCAAGCCUGGUUUAACGCGAAUGAGACGAUACCGCCACACGUCCAGGCCAGCAAUAAUGAUGUAAACCAAGUCUUAAGCUUGGGUAAUAUCUGUCUACUAGAUGGAUCUUGGACAGCUUCUGAUCGCUUUAAUGGAUGUGGAUGGGUAUGGAUGGAUAGUAGGGAGGACAUACAAUUUAUGGGAACACGAAACUUCACUCGAUGUGAAUCAGCGCUGCAUUCGGAGGUAGAAGCGCUGCGAUGGGCGAUGGAGAACAGAGCCUUGGUCUUACCAUGGCUUAUCUUUGGAACUGACUGCAAGGAGCUGAUUGCAAUGAUAAAUGAACUCCAGAAGUGGCCAAAAUUUUCGACAGAGUUGGAGAAGAUAGAGACGCUGCAGAUUUGUUUUCCAGAUUUCAAAAUCAUCCAUGUACCACUAGUGCGCAAUCAGCUUCCUGAUUUUUUAGCUAAGACUGCUAGGAGCUUUCGUAGAGAUUUACUUUUCAUUGGUUGUUGUAUUCCGGUGUGGUUACCCAGACCACUUCAAGCUUGAGUAAUAGAAUGGCCGUUUGACGUAAAAAAAAAAAAAAAAAAAAACUACCUAUGUCAUGAAUACGAGUGUUUUGAUCUCUAAGUAAGUUAUGGCCGUUUUUCCCUCGCAUAUACACCACUUUGACCAUCUUUAACAUUUAGGAUAUUUUGGUCACUCUAAUUUAAAAAUAAAGAAUGACGAAAUUAAUUAAUAACAAAGAAAAGUUGAAGAGAAGAUAUAUCCAUUUACUUCUCCUCCUCCUCCUCCUCGUUUCUCUCCAAUGGCGGACAAGCUAGCUCUCCCUCUUCUUCUCCCAAGCACACCUUCCCCAAAGCCCUUGUUUCACGACCACCACCAACUCUCCAGAACGCCCUUUCUCACCUCACAAACUCCUCCUCCUUCUCCGGUAGAGCCUCUCCUUCACGACGUCUUCCUCCACCAAAACCCUAAUUCGAGAAGACCCAUAACCCCACAACCUCCCAAAACCCGUAACCGAACUCGAAUCGGCAAGUCACGAGACCCUAACCUCGGAAAGCCUUGGUCUUACCAUGGCUUAUCUCCUCAUGGCCAGCAGAUUCUCCGUUCCUUAAUCGAACCCACUUUCGAUUCCGGCCAAUUAGACCCUCUUCUCUCUCAGUUAUCGGAGUCGUCUUCCUCGGAGUUACUCGCUCUUCUCAAAGGAUUAGGCUUCCAUAAGAGAUUCGAUUUAGCUCUUAGCGUGUUUGAUUGGUUUAUGAAGCAAAAGGAUUAUCAAUUAGAUAACUCCGUUGUCGCUGUUGUUAUCUCGAUGUUGGGUAAAGAAGGAAGAGUCUCUUCCGCUGCCAACUUGUUCAAUGGCCUGAUAGAAAACGGCUUCUCGCUUGACGUUUACUCGUACACUUCGUUGAUAUCUGCGUUUGCAAAUAGCGGAAGGUAUAGAGAUGCUGUGAUGGUGUUCAAGAAGAUGGAAGAAGAAGGUUGUAAACCGACUUUGAUUACUUACAAUGUUGUUCUGAACGUGUUUGGGAAAAUGGGCACUCCCUGGAGUAAGAUUACGUCUCUUGUGGAGAAGAUGAAGAGUGAUGGGAUUGCUCCUGAUGCGUAUACGUACAACACGCUUAUAACUUGCUGUAAGCGAGGAUCUUUGCAUGAAGAAGCUGCUCGGGUUUUCCAAGAGAUGAAGAUGGCAGGGUUUAGUCAUGAUAAGGUUACUUACAACGCCUUGUUGGAUGUUUAUGGCAAGUCUCAUCGGCCUAAAGAAGCUAUGAAGGUUUUGAACGAGAUGGAGCUUAGUGGGUUUACACCGAGCAUUGUGACUUAUAACUCGUUGAUAUCUGCGUAUGCGCGUGAUGGAAUGUUGGAUGAAGCCAUGGAGCUUAAGAAUCAGAUGGUGGGAAAGGGAAUGAAGCCUGAUGUUUUCACUUACACCACGCUUUUGUCCGGGUUCGAGAGAGCUGGGAAGGUUGAAUCUGCUAUGAGUGUUUUCGAAGAGAUGAGGAACGCUGGUUGCAAACCGAAUAUUUGUACGUUUAAUGCGUUCAUAAAGAUGUAUGGUAACAGGGGGAAGUUUGCGGAGAUGAUGAAGAUAUUUGAUGAGAUCAACGUGUGCGGUCUUUCUCCAGACAUUGUCACUUGGAAUACGCUGUUAGCAGUCUUUGGCCAAAACGGGAUGGAUUCUGAAGUCUCGGGUGUGUUCAAGGAGAUGAAGAGAGCAGGUUUCGUACCUGAGAGAGAGACUUUCAAUACGCUUAUCAGUGCUUAUAGCCGAUGUGGUUCGUUUGAACAAGCUAUGACUGUUUACAGGCGAAUGCUUGAAGCUGGGGUCACUCCUGACCUCUCCACUUAUAACACUGUGUUGGCAGCUUUGGCACGUGGAGGAAUGUGGGAACAAUCUGAGAAAGUUCUUGCAGAGAUGGAGGAUGGUCGGUGCAAACCGAAUGAGUUAACUUACUGCUCGCUACUUCAUGCGUAUGCAAACGGCAAGGAGAUAGGUCGGAUGCAUUUCUUAGCAGAAGAAGUGUAUUCUGGAGUUAUCGAGCCUCGAGCUGUGCUUUUGAAGACUCUAGUCUUGGUUUGUAGUAAGUGUGAUCUUUUGCCGGAAGCUGAGCGUGCGUUCUCCGAGCUUAAAGAAAGAGGGUUUUCACCAGACAUAACCACAUUGAACUCCAUGGUGUCCAUAUACGGAAGAAGGCAGAUGGUGGCGAAGGCGAACGAAGUGUUAGAUUACAUGAAAGAGAUGGGCUUCACACCAAGCAUGGCGACGUACAAUAGCCUCAUGUAUAUGCAUAGCCGGUCUGCAGAUUUCGGGAAAUCAGAGGAGAUCUUGAGGGAAAUACAAGCUAAAGGCAUCAAACCAGAUAUCAUAUCGUACAACACAGUUAUCUAUGCGUAUUGUAGGAAUACUCGGAUGAGAGAUGCUUCUAGAAUCUUCGCAGAGAUGAGAGAUUCAGGGAUUGUUCCAGAUGUGAUCACUUACAAUACAUUUAUCGGUUCUUAUGCGGCUGACUCGAUGUUUGAGGAAGCCAUUGGCGUCGUUAGGUACAUGAUCAAGAAUGGGUGUAGACCAAACCAGAACACUUACAACUCCAUUGUCGAUGGUUACUGUAAGUUAAACAGGAAAGAUGAGGCAAAGCUGUUUGCUGAAGAUCUGAAGAAUCUUGAUCCUCAUGCUCCUAAAGAUGAGGAACAAAGGUUGCUGGAACGCAUAGUGAAGAAAUGGCCAAUAAGAUAGUUGGAAUUCUAGAGUCAGGACUAUUGGGCAUAUCUGCUUAUCGCAGUAAGCUAUACAAUCUGCAGCUGACCCUUCAUCAUCGUCUCACUUGUACAGAUGAAACUGAAGUAUGAAACCGUUUGGUGGUUUUUGGUUAGCUUAUGUAUGGGACUGAUGUUCACUGGAUCACUUCUGCUCAAGCUCCGGUUCCAUUUUUCCCCUUUCUGAUGAUGAAAAUAUGGAACUUGUUUGACUGAGAUCGUUUCUAGAUCGGAAAGGAGAUAUGUUGUCUUUUGUGUCAGGCUAAGAAGCAUAGUGAUUAGUUUAUACGAAUUAGUUGUAUGUUUUGAGACGUC